AAUUUUAUAGGCCAAUGUGGUUCUUGAAAAUGAAUUAGACGUUUUUUAGGAAAGGAGUCUGAAGGUCUGAAAGUUUAUUUGGGGGUCAACAGGUGGUUAACAGAUGUAGAUCUAGUACGUUGCACUGCAGCGAAAAAUUUUGAAAUGAUCUCAAUCAUCAAUUGUCUUUUUUUAAUUCUCAGAGUAAAUGUUGAUGAAGCUGAUGAGAAAAUCGAAUUAUCAAUUGUCAAUGAAAAAUCGAAACUGCUUGAUGAAGUAUCGCAAGAGACGAAUACAGGAAAUGACAAUGAGCUGCAGGUGCAACAAAAUCAACGCCAGCCUCGGGAAGGGUCUGGGACUAGGACAAUGAGGGGAACUGGAACUGACCCUCAGGAAGGGCCUAGAACGUUGACGUUUUUCUACAAAGAGUGUUGUCGUCUGAAAAGAAGGAAUGAAAACGAAUGUCAGUGCGGAAGACCCAUUGCAAGCCAUCCAGAUGAUGUGGCGAAUGGAGUUGGGGACAUUUCGGUAGAUGGAGAGUGGACUUCUCAAAACGAUACAAAAAAGGUUCCUUCAACUGAAAAAAGAGUAUUUUUCCCGCUGAAUGAAGUUACUGGAAGCCAGGCCAAAAGUGCUCGGUACAUUCGUAUUAGUGAUGACACAGAUAUCACAGACGCUUGUUGGUAUCAUAAUUCUGGUAUGUGGGAGGAAGACAGGCACCCUGAAAUCUCUAUAUCAUUUAUUGGUGGCUGCCUUAAAGAUUCCAUCAGCGAAGAGCUUGACAAUACACUCAGAGUUGGAAUUACAACUGUUUUGGAUGUUUUGAAUUGCAUAUUAAUCACUAGAGGUUCUCAUGUUGAACUUCCCAAAUUGAUUGGAUCAAUUUUUAAUGAAAAAUCCAAAAGAUGGAACCAAUGCAGUACCAGCAGCUGCAUCGGUGUUAUACCUUGGGAAUGCGUUAAAGGAAAUGAGUCUCUAGACCUUGAAGAGGGAGAAGAAAAUGCACACUACAAUCCAGAGAUUCAAGGAGAGAGCAGUCGCUUUCCUCUUGAUCCCAAUCAUAGUGAUUUUUUUCUUAUUGACGAUGGUUCAUUGAAGCCCUUAGGGAUUGAAAUCGCAUUUUUCUCACAUCUAUCACAUGGUUUUUGCAAAGAUUUCAUCACAAGUAUCUGCAUUCUUAUUGGAGGAGGCCGAACAAGUCUUAAGAUGAUGCAUUCAGUGCUUUUUCCAGCAACUAUUUCAAUCCACCCUGUUCCUGUAAUAAUAAUGAAAGGCAGUGGUAGACUUGCUGACCUUCUCUCUGAGCUGCUCCAUUGUUGGGAAGAAAUGAGCACUGUGUCUGAAAAAGAGGAAAAGAUAAAGACACUUUUGCAAAGUUUUGGAAUAUGCAACACUGCCCUUGAAGAAUACGUGAAAUUGGUUUUUGAUUGUGUCAAUGAUAGAAGAGAUUUUCUUUUCGAAUACGAAGUUGGUAAAGAAAGUGAAGAUCUGAAAGCAAAGAUAAUCGAAGCAGCUUUGAAAUGUGUCGAGAUGUUGCAGUUCAAUGAGGAAAAAAAGAAAACACAGACGAAAAUAAGACUUGCAAUGGAAUCAAGUAACUCUGCUCUUGUAAGAGAUCUUGUAAGAAACACGAAUCAACAACAGCUUGACUACUUACUGUUAAAAUUUUUUGUGGAACAAAAGAUGAAAGGAUUGAGAGAUCUCAUUGAGAAGUACGAAGUUAACUUGCAAGGAUUUGCAGAACAUUGGCUGCAUCUCUUGUACCAAAUUGACGAUAGUCGAGAUGCGGGAAACAGAAUUUUUAAGUUCUUCAAAAAAACAAAACCAGUUUCUGAAAAUCAACAGCAUCCGUUUGAUAUUGACGAUGCCUUAAAAUUUCUAUGUCAUAACGAGACAGCAGAUGGUAUUCAUGAACUUUUAGGAGAUAGAAUCGAAUACCACAAGCAGGCUGUCAAUGCAGUACAGUCACUGCUGAUUAAUCGUACUCUCAGACUUCAUCUUGAUACAGUUAAACUACUAUGGUUUUGCGACAAAUACCAUCCAUUGUCAAAUGCACUUCUUGUGCAUGCGGUUCUCUCUGGCAUUUCCAAUACUAUCAAAAAGACAGAAGUAUUCCGAUAUGUUCCCAACAAGCUGAAAGACACUAUUGAGUUCUUCAACAAGCAAAUGAUAGAUUUGCUGGAAAUUUAUUACAAAACAGACCGAGAAAUGACCGAAGAAGUAUUGACGACAAGAUUGCCGCUUUGGAAGAAUCAGACGUUCGCGGAAGUAGUAGGAAACCUUGAACUGAAAGAUAUCAUCGAACGACCGGCUUGUGAGCUGGCUCUUAUGAAAUCCUGGAGUGGGGAGGACAAUCGUCAUAAGGAGAAGCUCAAAAGGUUGAAAGAGAGGGCCGAUCAAUCUUGCUGUUGCUCCAAACCUCUUUACUGGCUUUGGUAUUACAUGAAUUACAAAAUGGGAGUGCCAAAUGUCAAGUUUUGGCUACAUGUCAUCGUGUAUGUUCUGCAUCUGCUGGCAUUUUCCUUCUUCGUUUUAUCUUGGGAAACCAAGGCUCACGAGGUGAUUAAAUGGGUGGUUUUGGUUUUUGUGUUUGGCUUGACACUAGACGAGAUUAGGCAGAUUGUAUCUGUCCAAAAGGGAUGCCUGAACAAUUUGGCACAAUGGAAGUCAAGUGUUUGGAAUAUUCUAGAUAUCAUCAGCUUCAUACUGUACUACUUAGGCUUUGGCUUGGAUUACUACGAUCCAUUCAUCUCCAAGGCAGUGUUUUCAUUCUACCUCUUGCUCUCUUGGAUAAAAAUUGCACAAUUUUUAAGAAAGUCGGAGGAUAUUGGUCCUUAUCUGGUUAUGAUUAUCGAAAUGCUGCUACGGAUGAAGUCAUUCCUGAUUGUCGUCACCAUUUCGGUUAUUUCUUAUGGUGUUUUGCUGACAGCAAUGCUUUUCCCCGCGUCAACCUUGUCUUGGACAACAGUCUUCACCAUUUUCUUCCGACCAUACCUUUUGCUAUUUGCUGACGCUGGACUCGAAACUUAUGAAUUGAACAACAGUACAACUGUAUUUGGGACACCAAAAGUGAAUUCAGGAUACGAAAUUGCUGUUGUGAUUGGAAUGGCUAUUUUUCUUUUGUUUGCAAAUACACUCCUUAUCAAUAUUUUGAUUGCCGACUUCAGCAAUAUUUACGACAAAACCCAAAAAUGCUCCAAUCAAAUCUGCCAAUAUGAGAAGUUUGUUCUUUUGAAAGAGUUUAUCAAGAAGCCAAUCCUACCAGCGCCUUUAUCGAUUUUUGAAAACUGUUGGAUUCUGCUGAAGUAUAUGUGCAACCGAGGAGAGGAUUGGAAAGCAAAAGAUGUCAUUGAGGAUGUGAACGUUGACAUCAAGAAAAGGAACAUAGCUGAGUUUGAGCAUUACUGUUUCAAAAAAUUGUAUCCAAAAGUACCAGAUUUGACCUGAGUGUUUGACUUGGUUGAUUUGCCUGGAAUACUAAAGAAUGCCGAGGCUCUCGUUUUCAGUAUGACGUUUUGCCACUUAAGCUGUUUUGCGUACAAUUUUUACUACUUUUUUGCUACUUUAGCUAUAUGAUCGUAAGCAGUAAGAUAUGGUUAUUUUUUCAAGAUUUUAUUCAACAAGCAUUUUUAUUUGUAUAUAUUUUUUUUAUUUGUAAAACAAGUAGUUUUGAGGUGCAUACUGUAAAGCCUACUAAUAUUUGCGAGAACAGACUUCAUUUUUCUAUCGGGAUAAAAACACUACAGCCGUUUAAUGUUGUUUAGUGUUAUAAAUUUUUAUGUCUUGGUCACACUUCCAAAAAGAAAAGUCAUGCAAAUUGUACCAUUCAAGAAUGCAUUUUCCACUUUCAUUUAUAACUGUGAGGACUUGGAUUGAUUAGAAGUAGAAUCAGUGUAAAUUACAUUUGCCCCAAUACGUCCCUAAGUAACUUGAAUCCUACUUGGACGUGCAUGUUAAUGAGAAACUGAGUGAGAUUUUCGUUUGAUAUGUGUUAUUUAAUUUGAUACAAAGUCCUUUUUAAUGAUGUUAUGGCCCUUUUUCAAACUGUUCUCUUUCCACGUCUUGGAUGCUGGACCAAUGUUUAAAAACAACGCGCAGUUUCUAAGCAAUACCCAAUUCGACAGUAUUAUUGACAGUUUUUCCGUGAAAACGAGUUUUUGCUUUGUGGCCAAAAUUAUGUUUUGGUCGAGUAUUUUCAUUAAGUUGAAUAGUUUGUUUAAAGUACAUUAGUUGCUCAUGCUGCCAUUUGUCAUGUUUAGUAUUUAAGUUUUUUCUUCAGCUGGUUUCUGUUCCAAUUUUCAGUUAUCUAUCAUGAAAUAAUUGGAAAGAAUAA